AUGGAUGGUAAGAAGACGAAGAAGAGGACCGCUGAAGACGUAGAGAGCAGAGGAAGAACACAACAAAAAGAAGACAACAAGGACAGUGACAUCAGGAAAGAGCUACAGGUGAAGAAAAGGAAGAAAGAAGAACCUAAAGAUGAAGAAGGAAAACAACGCGCGAGUGAAGAGGAAAUUAAUGAAGAAAUCAGCGACUCUCCAGAAGAUCCAGGUCCAUCUUUGGAUUCAUCUCUUUCGCUGGAGAGAUUUACAUUCCACCGACUGCUUGGCAAGGGUGGCUAUGGAAAGGUCUUCCUGGCAUCGGAUAAAACAACGAAGAAGGUGGCGGCUUUGAAAAUAGUGAGAAAGAAAGACCUUCUCACUGAAGCCUGCGAGAGGACACUCACUGAACGUCGAGUGCUGGAGAUGGCAGCCGGAAGUCCUUACCUAACCAAAGCCUAUGGAGCGUUUCAGAUCCCGUAUAUCCCAUUGUAUUUUAUUGUCAACCAGACCCAUCUAUGCUACGUGUUGGAGUAUCUGCAUGGUGGUGAUCUUGACAGCUUCUUGAAAAGAAACCUCAGACUGGAACCUUGCAUUGCAAUAUUCCUCGCUGCGGAGAUUGCGUGUGGACUCCAAUAUCUCCACCAACACGACAUUGUGCAUCGAGACAUAAAGCCAAGGAACAUAAUGCUGGAUGAAGUGGGUCACAUCAGGAUAGGCGACUUUGGACUGGCGCUGGAGAUGCACGGCAAGAGGAAAGCAAAGGGUUACGCAGGCACUGUAGAUUAUAUGGCUCCAGAGAUGCGGAAAGGAAGAAAAUACAAUGCUGCAGUAGAUUGGUGGGCCUAUGGUCUAAUCCUUCAUAAACUGGCCAAGAGAGCAUUUCCAAAAAAUCCAAAUGCUGCCCAAACAAUGCUUCAUGACACCACAGACCACCCUGAGUGUCAAAGAAAACAGGUCAAAGAUCUCGUGAAAAAGCUCCUGUGCAAAAAUCCAUCUCAGCGCUUGGGGGCAGCUAGCAGCAUCCGAUUCCAUCCUUUCUUCCAGUCCAUUGACUGGGAUGAGCUGGAGGCUGGCAGGCUAGAUCCCCCCUUUGUGCUAAGAACAGUCUUCCUGGCAUCGGAUAAAACAACGAAGAAGGUGGUGGCUUUGAAAAUAGUGAGAAAGAAAGACCUUCUCACUGAAGCCUCCGAGAGGACACUCACUGAACGUCGAGUGCUGGAGAUGGCAGCCGGAAGUCCUUACCUAACCAAAGCCUAUGGAGCAUUUCAGAUCCCGACCCAUCUAUGCUACGUGUUGGAGUAUCUGCAUGGUGGUGAUCUUGACAGCUUCCUGAAAAGAAACAUCAGACUGGAACCUUGCAUUGCAAUAGGGAUUCUGUUUAUUAAGUUUCGAUAG